AUUACCCCGCCUCGCUCGUUCUACAGUCCUUCCGGCCUGACCGCCAUCACAGACAGCAGACAUGGCUAUUCGCUACCCUAUGGCCGUUGGCCUGAACAAAGGCCACCCAGUUACCAAGAAUGUAACUGCUCCCAAGCACAGCCGCCGGCGUGGGCGUCUGACCAAACACAGCAAGUUUGUUCGUGACAUGAUCCGCGAGGUGUGUGGUUUUGCUCCCUACGAGAGGAGAGCCAUGGAGCUGCUGAAGGUGUCCAAGGACAAGAGAGCUCUCAAGUUUAUCAAGAAGAGGAUUGGAACUCACAUUCGCGCCAAGAGAAAGAGAGAGGAGCUGAGCAACGUGCUGGCUGCCAUGAGAAAGGCUGCUGCCAAGAAGGACUAAUCCGUCAUUCUAAUAAACGUUUGAUAAACUAAA